GAUGACACCCGGACACUGGAGAUCUUGGCUGCUUGGAACGCCGACAAUUCGUUCGGAACCAUUCAUUGGCGUCAGUCUAGACAUCCUCCAGAAGCCAGCCAUUCCUAAUUGCCUCGAAGCCAAAGAAAACAUUGCGCCAUCGGCCGUGCCAAUGCGCUGUCCAUUCCGCGCAGCGUGUCCUAUUACGUACCACCUCCCUCCCAUUCUUAACCUUGCGGGGGCGGGGGGUUCGCUGAUAAGGUCCUAAAUCCCACCCCCUCCACUCUCCAGACCCCCUGGUUCGUCUGGGAAACCUUAUAAGAGCCGGACGGAGCCGAUCUGCUAGCGAAGAUGGCGACCGACGACAGUGAUUUUUCCGACGCAGCGUCAAGGCAAGAGAGCAUUGUCGGAUCAGAGACCGGAUUCCCGAUGGCAGCUGCAGCAAGAUACCGCGACGAGCCCGAGUCGACGGAGGAGACGACAUUGCUGGGUGCUGGCGCCCACGACGACGACGGCGGCGAUGAUCCCAUUCCCAGCAAGAGAGAUGCAUGGACUGAUGACCCAGACUUUGCACACCUGCCGCCCUGGAGGAGGCCAUCGGUCUGGUGGCUACUAGGCCCCUAUGCUCUGUUCACCCUCGCUUUUGGAGGUUCAAUUGUGCCAAAGUUGAACCUGAUCAUCGAUCUCGUUUGCAACCAGCAUUUCGCCGACCGCGCCGACACCGAUCCAAACUUCCAGUUCGCGCCCAUCAUCCUCGGCGGCGACAAUCCGCAGUGUCGCAUCCCCGCCGUACAGCGGGACGUGGCAACUUUCACGUUGGUCCUAAAUGUCAUCAUCGGGAUCCUCACUACCUACUCGGCUCCGAAGCUCGGCUCCUUGUCCGAUCGCUACGGGCGGAAGAAUAUGAUGGUGAUCUGCUCUCUCGGAGGUGUGGGCGCUGAGAUUAUCGUCAUCCUGGCUGCCAAGUAUCCCCACGUCAUUAGCUACAAGUGGAUGAUCCUCGGCGCUGCCUUUGACGGGCUCACUGGCUCGUUCACCGCCGGGAGCGUGCUCAGCCACUCGUACACGAGCGACUGCACGCCGCCCUCGAAGCGGAGUGUCUCCAUAUCAUACCUGCACGCCUGCCUCUUCUCCGGACUGGCAUUUGGGCCACUCUUGGCCGCAUACUUUGUGAAGAGGACGGGCUCGCUGCUGUCCAUCUUCUACAUCACGCUGGGCUGCCACAUCGUCUUCAUCCUGUUCAUCUUCUUCGUGAUCCCCGAGUCGCUAUCGAAGCGGAAGCAGCUCCUCGCCAGGGAGAAGUUUGCCAAGGAGCUAGAAAUGGAGGCCGAACCGCCCGCUUGGGUUGCGGAUCUCGGAGCUCUCCCCUUCGGAGGAGCCGGGCUGGGCAAGGCUCUCUACGCCAUCAAGACGGCGAAUCCCUUUGCGCCGCUGAAGGUCCUCUUUCCCCCGGGUGCCAAAAACGCAAAGGUCCGGCGCAACCUAGUCACGCUUGCCGUGAUCGACAUGAUCCUGCUCGGUUGCGUCAUGAGCAUGGGGACCAUCACGAUCCUUUACAGCGAGUUCGUGUUCGGCUGGGGCACCGUGGAGAGCUCCCGCUUCAUCUCGCUCGUGUCCUCGGUCCGCUUCCUCGUCCUCAUGGUAAUCUUCCCUGUGAUAAACUGGUAUUUCCGCACCCGGCCGGCGGCCCGCAAGGCGCGGCUGUCUCCCGGCCCCGUCAUCGAGAAGAACGCGGGCGCGGACGAGCUGGACGUCUGGGUCCUGCGGACGGCCCUGCUGUCCGACGUCAUCGGCAUCUGCGGGUACAUCUUCGUGCGGACCGAGCCCCUGUUUAUCCUCUGUGCCAUUAUCACUGCGUUCGGCGGCCUAGGUUCCACCACGAUCCAGUCCUCGCUCAGUAAGCAUGUGCCCUCGGAGCGCCUGGGUCGGCUUCUAGGGGCCAUCGGCCUUCUCCAUGCUCUCGCCAGGGUCAUCUCGCCCAUCCUCUUCAACGGGCUGUACGCCGCGACGGUGGAUUUCUUCCCGCAAGCAUUCUUCGUCCUGCUGGCUGUCCUCUUUAUUGGGGUGCUAGUAGCCUCUCUCCUCAUCAAGCCACAUGUCUAUAUGGAGGAAGAGGAAGAGGAGGAGGAGACUCCGUCAGCCGUCCAACGCCCAGAUACAGACGCCGAGGAGGACAUAUUUGAGGAGGAGGAACUAAUACGCGGGCUGCGGUCAUAGGUUUGUAAAGUAGUGGGCACAUAAAUAUGUUGAACGACUUUUUUUUGCUGCAUAUAGGCAAGGUGUUCUCAGGAGCUGAUGUUCAUAGACAUUGAAGGGGAUACAUGAGAGUUGGAGGGGUUUAACUUGUUUUGCCCAUGCAUUGUGUAGUCACUGUUGGUUCAUGCAUUUCGUAUAUCUCUCUAGGUCUGACACAGGCGAUAGACGCCUUACAAUUCAAUGAAGCGAUUGGCGAA